UGUAAUUCUCGCAUGAUCAUAUCAUUCUUUGGUGCCUUCUUUCUGGAAAACACCAUUUCUAUCUGUACAGAGUAUAUGGAUGGUGGAUCUUUAGAUAGAUACAUGCCAGUUUCUGAAAGAGUGUUAGGUCAGAUCAGCCUAUGUGUUGUGGAAGGAAUGUUGUACAUGUGGGACUUGAAAAUUUUGCAUAGAGAUAUCAAACCAUAUAACAUUCUAGUCAACACCGCUGGUGAAGUGAAACUUUGUGAUUUUGGUGUCAGCACACAGCUUGAGAAAUCUAUAGCCAUCACACAUUUAGGCACCUGUUAUUAUAUGGCGCCAGAAAGAUUAAAAGGUGAAUCUUAUGGCAAUCCUGCUGAGGUUUGGAGCCUUGGUGUCACACUGUUUGAGCUGGCAACAGGAAAGUUCCCCUUUGCUUCUUUGAAUGUGCCCAAAGAUUCCUCACAUCUUCAACUUUUCCAGAUCAUGAAUGUGAUAAUUACUGAACCACAUCUGAAACUCCCAGCUGAUCAAUUUUCACAAGAACUCAUUGAUUUCGUCAAUAAAUGUUUACACAAAACUCCAUCUUUGCGUUUAUUAGGACAAGAUUUACAAAGGCACCCAUUUUUACAACGGCAGGAUUGCUUGGAUCCAUCUAUAAUUGCAGAACUGGUAGCUCAGAAACAGCAUUCACAGCAACAGCAUGUUAUGGAUUCUUAG